GCGGUGGCGCUGAGCCGGGGUGGCGGGGGGCUGCGUGCUCUCGCAGGGCUGGAGCCGCUCAGCACCUCGCCGGCUGUUCGUGCUGCCAGCGGUACCCGCGUGUGACUGUGUUUUCUAUUGAAGUGCCUGUAAGUUGAGGCUAUGUGGAAGUAAUUGUUGAGGUUGUCUUGGGUGCAUUACCUCAGUAAUGCUUCUUUUCUAGAAGUGAGGUAGGCUGGGUUGUGUGCUACUUUGGUUUUUGAUGGGCAGUUAGGAAUAGAGAACGUUAAGAAGGUAGUUUUCUGAGCUUCUGAUAUCUAAAAGCAUAAAGUGGUGCCGUUAAAGAAGUCAGACAAGUGAUUUGAUUGCUCUUGGAGGAACCCAGUGAGAAACUGGUUAUAUAUAUUAUAUAUAUGCAUACGCAUAUAUAUAAUAUUUAAUUGCAAACAGCAGAAAGCAGUAAAUCACAAACUUCUUUUGCUUUUUUUUCCCAAUCCUUUUGAUCCUGGUGAAUGAACAGCGUGGCUUUGUCUCAUGUUUCCAUUUGGUAAAAUAGAUGGCAGCCUGAGUGUUUGAGAUGCUUCGUUAUGAGUGAAAAUGAACGAGGAAUCUCCCGAGCACUCUGCUCUCAGUAGCUGCAGCUCUAAGGAGAGGAACGUUUCUGUUCUGUCUGGUUAGAGUGACUUUGGAAAGCUGUGGGAAUCCUACUGACAAGGUUUAACCCCCAAAUGUAAAUUUCUUCAUGUACCUUCUGGAGAGUGUGUUUUUAAUUAGAACUAUUGGCAACAGCUUUAUUUCCUACACUUAGAUUUUCCUGCCUAGGAAAUAUUUUGUAUCUAUAACAAGGAGCUUAGGUUUUUAUUUUUACUUAUUUUUGUUGUUGUUAAGAAAAAAAACAAAUAUGCAUAUGUUAUGUUUUCAUGAAACCGCUCUAGAGUUACUGAGAGUAGCUGCAGCCUCAAACGGAAAACAUAUCCUUUAACCAUUGUGAAAGUAGAGCCACCGUGGAGAAUAAUCCUAUAGAGGAGAGAACUGUUGUGAGCCUAUUAUGCUGCAAUAUACCAAGCAGGAUUGCUUCCUAGAUACGGUGGUAAGGACACUGAUUGCUCGUAAGCAGCUGAGCAUUUUAGCACAGCAUUGAUGAUCAUGCUAUCUUGCUGUUUCUGACUGCUACUGAGAGGUGAAGGACAUCAGGGUAACUGAGAACUGAUAUUUUUGGCCUCCAUUUUUGAUUUACCCGUUACAACAGCAUAGGAUCUGUGAAGGUGUUUGUUCUGGACCAUCUACCUCUCCAUGAUACGGUGGCUUGUAGCACUUACUGAAUUAUUCCUUUGAAUUUACCUAGUUUAAGGUAAGCUUUCUUUGAGCAAGGCAGCUAUGAAUCAUUUCAUCGUUUUGCAUCCUUCUAGAACUUGAACCAUAACAUUUUUUUCUUUCUUGCCUUAGCUGUGAAGGAUCCAACAGCUGUAGAAAGAGCAAAUUUACUGAAUAUGGCCAAACUGAGCAUCAAAGGACUCAUUGAAUCAGCCUUGAGCUUUGGCCGUACUCUGGAUUCUGACUACCCUCCUCUGCAGCAGUUCUUUGUUGUCAUGGAGCACUGUCUGAAGCAUGGCCUUAAAGUAAGAAAAUCCUUUUUAAGUUACAAUAAAACUAUCUGGGGUCCUUUGGAACUUGUGGAGAAAUUAUAUCCAGAAGCUGAGGAAAUAGCAGCAAGUGUCAGAGAUUUGCCCGGCCUCAAAACACCACUGGGCCGUGCCCGGGCCUGGUUACGGUUGGCACUAAUGCAGAAGAAAAUGGCUGACUAUCUUCGCUGUUUAAUCAUUCAGAGAGAGCUUCUCAGUGAAUUUUAUGAGUAUCAUGCGCUGAUGAUGGAAGAAGAAGGAGCAGUUAUUGUUGGACUGCUGGUUGGGCUCAAUGUGAUAGAUGCUAAUCUGUGCGUAAAGGGCGAAGACCUGGAUUCACAAGUUGGUGUGAUCGAUUUCUCUAUGUAUUUAAAGAGUGACGAUGACAUUGGAGGAAAGGAAAGAAAUGAACAGAUUGCUGCAAUUUUGGACCAAAAGAAUUACGUUGAAGAACUGAACAGACAACUGAAUAGCACAGUUAGCAGCCUACAUGCAAGAGUUGAUUCGUUAGAGAAGUCAAACACUAAACUGAUUGAAGAGUUAGCAAUAGCCAAAAACAAUAUAAUUAAACUUCAGGAAGAAAAUCAUCAAUUAAGAAGUGAAAAUACUCUGAUCUUAAUGAAAACACAGCAUCAUCUAGAGGUAACUAAAGUGGAUGUUGAAGCAGAACUUCAGACGUACAAGCACUCCAGGCAGGGAUUAGAUGAGAUGUACAAUGAAGCACGGAGGCAGCUUCGAGAAGAAUCACAGCUCCGGCAGGAUAUGGAGAAUGAGCUGGUAGUUCAAGUUAGCAUGAAACAUGAGAUAGAACUUGCUAUGAAGUUACUGGAGAAAGACAUCCAUGAGAAGCAGGACACACUCAUAGGCCUUCGGCAGCAGCUUGAUGAAGUUAAAGCAAUUAACAUGGAAAUGUACCAAAAGCUGCAGGUUUCUGAAGAUGCUAUGAAAGAAAAGAAUGAAAUAAUUGGUCGAUUAGAGGAUAAGACCAAUCAAAUUAACGCUGCUAUGAAACAACUAGAACAAAGUGACAAAGAUCUGUUAACUCAAACUAGGACUAUUGCAAUGUCAUUUGUCAAAUGUGCCAGCAAUGAAGCUCAGCACCAGUAUAAGCUUGUCAAAGACAUAUCAUUCUGAAAGCUCCUCCAGCUCUCUUCUGUUUAAAUACUACUGAUAAAAUGCAACUUCAGAAUUGUAAAGUGACAAUUUGACAUAGAAAGUGGUACUAGAAAUCCUGCACUGUAACUGAUCGUAGCUGGGUUCUGUUUUGUGUUCUGUAAGAUCAUCAUUUCUGAUCUGGCUUUACUCCUCUUUUAAAAAGAAAGAGAGAGAGAACAGAAAUUAUUGCACUACUGUUAAGAAAAUGUACGCUAGUUUUCUAAUGUUAUUUAUUCACUUGUCUGUUGUCAAAAAGUUUAUCAGCUAUCUUCAUUUGGACUAUACUUACUUAUGACAUUUGUUUUUUAUCUGGCAAUUUUUCCUGUUCUUUAUGGCACUAAAAGAUUUUAAAAGUUGCCCUUCUGAGUAAUACCUCAUCUCUGCUUGUUUCUUUCACUUUCAGGGCUAUAUUUAUCCCAAAAGCAAGCUCUCUGUUCGUUUUUUUUUUCUUAUUUCUUUUUUCCACUUGUGACUAGCACUGCUUUCUUGAACAGCAUGAACAGGGCUUUUGGGGAAAGGGGUAAAAGGGUUUGAGUGCUGUAUGACAAUAGCACUUUUAAGGAAAGGAGGUGUAAACAUACAUUCGGUACGUACGGUAGAAGAAUUCCAGGGUUUGAGGAUAAAGCAGUUACAGCACAAUUCCAUUCUCCUGAUGUGAUGGACAGUAGCAUAUCUUCAUGGAGGUACAUUGCGUGUGGAGCCUGGACUUAGGGCUCCAGAAGGAAAGGCCAGCAUGGCCUAGCAAAUAAUGUGGCUGUAGCUCUUGCCUCCGCUGCGCCAGGACAGCUAGAGUGGCAGCAGUAGUAAUAGAUGGGAUUUACAUUUAGGGUGCCUGUCUAACUUGUUUGUCAAUGGCUGUGUCAGUACUGUAAUCCUAACCCGUGGUUUUGUCCAACCCCUUUUCCCUCUCCACCCAUCGCUAGGCAGUCUUUACAAAUCAUAUUUCUGCACUGAAUUGCUGCUUGCUUGUGCUGCCGAAAUAAGAGUUUUAGCUGCUGGCUGCCUUUGAUGCACUUCCCUUUAUUUCCUCUGAAAAGCAAACAUGGAGUUGACUUGGAAAAGAAUCUUUUGAGUCUUUCAGCAGGAGGGAAUAUGUUUGCAAAAGCGGGGGCAAAACACCAUAAUACAAGAAGGGUUUCUGCUGCCUGAUUAUAUAUAAUCUUAUUCCUUGCUUUGGAACCAGAAAGGGCCUUUAACACCAUCUUUCUGUUAAAAAGAGAGAAAGGAAUAUCCCCCUGCCUUGAAAAAACAGAACCAGUGAAUAGAACAAGAAUAGACUGUAGCAGAAAUGGGAACAUUAACCAUCUCACAGUCACUCUAUGCAAACAGGUAUCCAUCUGAUUCAGUGUCAUCUGAAUCUAAAGUCCUGCUGCAGACUUCAGUCCCACUCAGCCUUUGUCUGCGCUGCAACUGUGCUGUCAUUCUUGGUGCUAGUUUAGAACACAACGCUGCAGCCUGCGUUGGCUAGCAUCUUUCUUGGGCAGCAAGCUCUCUUUCUAUCUUGGUUGUGCAAACUGCUCUGCAGUUUAAUUUGUAACUUAGAGACUUGUGCAGCUUGAUGUAGUGUCUUUUGUCCAGUUAAUUGGCCCUGCUUUGUCCUAGAAUACUCUUUUCUAUACAUCUGGUUUGGGCCUGUGUGCUCUAUCACUGCAGAUGUGUCUGGGAAGAUGAUCACAACAGCAAGUAUAGUAGAGUGGGACAGGGCACAUUUUGUGAAGUGUUCAGUUCUAGGCUUUUGUCACUUGUUUGCUAGCAGCUUUUGGAAAUUCCCAAUGGGGCAACAUUAUCAAAAUAUUAUAUUGAAGCACAAAUAUAGACAUGUGGCUGACUUAUUUUCUUAGCUGACACUGGGAGCUGUGAGUUGACUCUCCAUUCAGCUAGCUGCUGGGAAUUGUGAAAUCAAGCACAGAGUGAAUCAGAGAUUUCUGCCCCACUUCCCUGAAAGGGCAAUUGAAGCAUUUUUGUUAAACAAAAUGCAGCAGGUGGGGACUUUCAGUGGUAUUUUACAGGCACUUCUACUUCCUGCCUUUUCUUCAGGGCAAGUGUAGCCACAACAGGACAAGUUCCAUCUUAGCACCUUUACUUUCAUUACAGUACCCCUAUCUUUUUUUUGGACUGAAGAGGUGGUAAAGCAGAGAGAAACCACAAUGGGCUAAUGCAUCCCAAGGGCGUUGGUAUCUGAAGCAGACACAAACCCCUGGCAUUCAGAAAGGAAAGAUUGAAUUUAAAAAACAGCCCCUCGGUUCUUGACUAAUCAGUUUUAUUUAAAUUGUCUACAGUAUGGAGCUAUUUUAAUUAGUGUAAGAAUGCAUUAUUUUUAAUACAGACUGUUUACAUUUACAAUUGUGAUGUAAUUGAGGUAGUUCUGUAAAUGUAGUGGGACCUAUCGGGGUAUGUCUUGUUGUGUUAGGCUAGUUAAGUGUUUUGCUGUCUGAUUGCAGUGCUCUGUAUUUAGCCUUAUGCCUGAGCUGCUUUUGCACAAUACACAUCCUGCCCUGGGUGAUAAGUACAAGCAAGGUACUUCUGCUGGGGCUAUUUAAAAAAAAAAAAAAAAAAA